UCUCUCUCUCUCUCUCUCUCUCUUCACCAAGAAUACGUUCGUGGCUUUGCUGGCUUCACCUAACGCGGUGCCCUCCGGCCCCACACGCUCUCUCCUCUCCUCUUUUCCCUCCUUCAAUCCCCGCCCCCGCGCCAUAGCUAGCCGCGAAGGGUUUUGCGCGGGUUCCUCUUUCUGAUUAUACUGGCCGGAAUCAAUCAAUCAAUCUGGUGAGUAGAGGAAUUGAAGGGUUUUGUGGUGGUGGUAGAUGGCGGCGCAGCACGCGAGCACAGCUCCGGCGGGGGGCGGCGGGCCGGGGCCGGGUCAGUUCGGUGACACGACGUUGACGAAGGUGUUCGUGGGAGGGCUGGCGUGGGAGACGCAGAGCGAGUCGCUAAGGCGAUACUUUGAGCAGUUCGGCGAGAUACUUGAGGGCGUCGUCAUCACCGAUAAGCACACCGGGCGGUCCAAAGGCUAUGGCUUUGUGACAUUCCGGGAUCCUGAAGCUGCAAGUAGGGCUUGUGCCAACCCAAAUCCAGUUAUUGAUGGUAGGAGGGCAAACUGCAAUCUGGCUUCCCUGGGCCGGCCUCAACCAUUUCUUCACGGUUCUUUUAGAUCAACCCUCCCCCAUCUGGGGCCGCAAGGUUUUAGAGGUGUGUACAUGGGAAACCCGGUUUACCAGCUGCCAGUUCCAUAUGGCUAUCAACCUGGAGUGCCUUAUCCUGCAUAUAGGUACCCAACUUAUGCCCCUGAAUAUGCAUACCCUCAGAUUUAUGGGUUAUCAGGCACAAAUCCAUUGCCGGUUGGUCACAUGUCUCCCCAACCUGGCAGUCCGGGGUAUACAAUGGUGCGGGGUUAUCUCAUGCCAGGUCCUCAUCAUAUGGUACAGUAUCAUAGACCUAAUGUUAGUGGAACAAUCACAGACGGGACUACUACUGCAAUGCAAAUACCAUAUCAUUCAGGUAUUGUGAUGCCAUCUCUGGGUCAACCACAGAUUGCAGUCCGCUCACAUUUACCCCAGUUCCCUCAGGGUAGUGGCUCUAAUCAAAUGUCAGGUUGAAUUGUUGCAUCAUAUCUUCUUCAUCUAGAACUUGUGGUGGAUACAGGAAAUCAGUGAGAUGCAAAAAGAAAGUUGUUACUUGAGGGAGGGCGGGGCGACUUUUGAAUCUGACCUUUGGAAGUUAACCCGAAAUGCAUUGAAAGGUCUUCCAAAGUCGUGGCUACUAAAAUCAAAUCAAAUCAUUGUAAAAUAUCUCUGGUUACAUUUCAUGCCAGUGCUUCAAGUCAAGUCACUGGUCCAUUCCAUUCCUGUAAGUAAUUGUGAUUGCGGUAAGCUGGUUUCCUGCAAUCAAUCGUGCGUUUGGGAGAAUCAACACAUGAUUCUUGAAUGGUGUUGGUCCGGUCCAGGGUGUUAAUUGGACCAACAAAACAAUAUAUUCUUCUCAUCGUCUAGUCUAGUGUCAGUUCAUCAUCA